GAAAUGUCAAAGACAAGUUGUCAGAUGUGUUCGUGUAUUUUUCGAGUCAAGACAUUCGUGCCUGCAAAAAUUUAAAAACUUAAACAUUCGUUUUAGUACAACAAUAAGCAAAUGCGGCAUGCAUGUAGCUUAGUGGGAUAACCAUUAGCUCGUGCUGUGGGCAUCCCAAGUUGGAAUCGAAUUUGAAAAAAAGUGUCUGGAACAAAAGUCUAAUGAUGAAAACGUGGUGGUUUCCGAAAUAGCAGGUCUAACCGUUAAAAAAAUUAUACUUCAUAGUCAGCAAAAUAAAAAUGGGCUCCCUUUGUUCAUCGUGCUUCGGAAGCAAUGGCGAAUCUUCUAAUCUGAUGCCAUCACCGGAAACACGACGGCGUCAGCAGCUGGAAGCAGCAGAAAGACGACGCGAAGAAAAUGAACACAGAGGUAUUAAAAAUCCAGAGAGCGUCCGAAGACAACAACAACGGGCAGAGGAGCUAGCAAGAAGAGAAGAUGAAGCCGCCCGUAUGGGUGGCGGUGCUCCAAACUUAAAGUGGCAAAGCAAUUAGGAGGAACGAAGUACAAGAGGUGUGUCAGCUACCACUUUUAAGUGUGAGUCCUAUUAAGAAUCAAAAAUAUACAAAGUUCUUUCAGCACCAAAAGUGUUUUAAAUGCAUACAUUUUUAAAAAAAAAAAAACAUUGUUAAGAAUACAUUUAUCACUUUAAGCUAAUAUAAUUAAAUUAAUUAAAGUAUCAUUAGAACGUCAAGAAAAACAGCUAAUUUUGAAUCCUAUAAAUGUAUUUUCAGGUUAUUGAAAAUUUAUGCUUUUACACUAUAACAUUUGUUACAUGCGUUCGAAAGUAUUAUUUAUAUUCGUUAAAAAAAAACUGGUAAAGAAUAACCGGGCACAUUCUUUAAUGGUUUAAAUGUUAUAACAUCGUAUUUUUGCUAUUCCUUAUUAUUUUUAUAAAACAAUACCAAAAACUAAUCGAAGAUUUCUAGCAGAGACAUAUACUGAUGGUAUCUGCAUAGUGUUUUUGUAAUUUUAUAUAAAUGUAAGAUAUUUGUUGUGGAAAUAAAAGUACAUUAUCUAAAAAAUUA